AUGUUUAUGUUUUCAGAUUGUGACAAUGAUUAUGGAGAUGGAUCAGAUGAACUUGUAUCAUGUGGAACUAUUGUAUCAUAUGUUUAUUAUAAAAAUAAAUAUUAUGUUUCAGCUAUUAGUCUUGAUGAACGAAAUGAAUUAACCUUUGCACAUGAUUUUAUGGAGUUAUCAAGCAUAGAAUAUGAUUGGAAAGAUAAAACGCUAUAUAUUGGUGAUAGAUUAACUGAUAAAAUUCAUCGAAUGAAUUUCAAUAAAACACAAUCAAUAGUUAUAGUAGAAGAUAAUCAAAUAAGUUCUAUACGUACAUUAGCUAUUAAUUGGUUUAAAUGGAAAUUAUAUCAAUUAAUAAUUAUAUCUGAAAUUCGUAUUAGUGAAUUAGAUGGUCGUUAUACUAUAACAUAA